GGGCUGGAGUUUGGCGCGUGCAGCAGCCCACUAUCCAAAACAGCGAGCGGAUCUACACUGCGUGUGCCCACUAACGCGUUUCACGGUAAAAUCGCGCACAGACUUUGGUCCUCUGUGAUCCACUGGCGAGAGCUGCAGGCUCUGGAGCCCAUCGGCAGCGGUGGAUUCGGUCUGGUGUUCAAAGGCACAUACUUUGACGAGACUGUUGCUGUGAAGAAAGUGAGAUGUGUGAAAAACAAACUGGCUUCGAGGCAAAGUUUCUGGGCGGAACUCAAUGCAGCGCACCUGCACCAUCAAAACAUCGUGCGCGUGAUCGCAGCCACCACGUGCAUCCCUGCGCACCUCAGCACCAAAGACAACAUCGGGACGAUUGUAAUGGACUUCGCCGGCGCCCUAAACCUACAGCAGGUCAUUUACGGACUCGCAGGCCUGUUGCCUAUGGACAAAUGCGUGAGAUAUUCAAUGGACAUUGCGCGUGCGCUCCAGCAUUUGCAUGCGCACGGCAUAGUCCACUUGGAUUUAAAACCUGCCAAUGUUUUGGUAUCAGAACAGGGUGUUUGUAAGCUGGCAGAUUUUGGGUGCUCUUUCAAACUAUCGAGUAAAAGCGACACCGUGACGCACCUGAGUGAAAUCGGUGGCACGUUCACGCACCGCGCGCCUGAGCUGCUAAAGGGAGAGGAGGUCUCUCCGCGCGCCGACGUUUAUUCGUUUGGCAUCACGAUGUGGCAGCUCCUCGCCCGAGAGCCGCCGUAUGAGGGGGACCGACAGUAUAUACUGUACGCCGUCGUGGCGUAUAACCUGCGCCCUUCCAUCACUAGGGAUGUUUUUAUCCAGUCUUCUCUUGGACAAAAGUGUCAAAAGCUGAUCAGUCUGUGUUGGGACGGCGACCCCAGCACCCGACCCACCGCAGACCAGCUCCUUCAUGAACUUUCCAUUUUAUUGUGAAUUUGCACCACGUGGACCCUUCCAGACUCCCAAAGUAUCUUCAGUUUGAAAUGUUUUUUUAUUAUAAUGUUUUGU